AUGGUCUGUCAUGGCGUCCUGCUUUCAACCUAUGCCUGCAUUGUGUCUGCUCUCCAAGUUGAGCAAGAGGCCGAUUUUCGUCUGAUAUCCUGUAUCCGGCCCCAGCAACCGAAGAGUGGGGACAACCGACUGGUGAUGUACCGUAUCCAUCGCCUCGUCCGCUCAGUCAAGCGGCAUUUAUUUCCUGCCCUGUUUGCUUGCAAGUUGCGCAUUAAAUCGAGUCUUGACUGUCGUUAUUAG